GGAAACCAGACAGACAUAGACUCCCCGUUGCAAGACCAGGGACCCCCAGAUCCUGCUGUCUGGCUCGUCGCCUGCCUGGGUGCGCAGGCUCACGCGACGAUAGCUUCGCGAAGAGAAGGCCAACACUCCCUGCCCUUAUCAACCCGCACUCACGCUCGCUUGAUUGUCCAUCUUCAUCCAUAUAAAGGAAGAGAACGCGACCACCAUGUCUGCAGUCGGCUUGGAUUACGCGUCCGUCGCGCCUGCUCUCAUGCGUCCCUCGUCUCUAUCAACGCCUAAUUCUCGAGGCAGCACAGGUACAACGACUUCUAGCAGCAUGCGACCAUCCAGUGUCUCUGCACAAACAUCAACCAGCGUCACCACCUCACACAGUCUUCAAAGUAACAGUAACAAUACAACCGCUAGCAGUAUUGAUUCUGCGCCAAAAGAUGCACAAGGCGUGCUACCACUGACUGCACUGCUAAGACGACCAGACCUACAACGCCAAUCCACCUCCCCGGUCCCACCACGCUCACCCGAACGUCAUCAUCGUCGCGCCCUUUCUGCACCACGCGCGACGAAGGUCAAGGAAACACUGGAUGCGCGCGUCACGAAGCGCGAAGAUGGUCAACGCAUGCUGAACCAAUAUGUCUUGCAAAAAGAAAUUGGUAGAGGUGCGUAUGGAACAGUCUUGCAAGCGGUUGAUUCCACCACCGGCAAAGAGUAUGCUAUUAAGGAAUUCUCAAAAGCACGGCUGAGGAAACGCAAUCAUUCUGCCAUUUUGAGACGGCCGAGAGGCGCUCUGGGUGGUCCGUACGGUGCGCAAGGGCCGAGUGGUGGUGGUGGUCGUGGUGGACGUCCUUCAUUACUCAGUCGACGCAGUGCGACAGACAUACACAAGGACGAGGAAGCUGGCAACCCGCUCUUUUUGAUUCGUUCAGAGCUUGCCAUCAUGAAGAAGCUCGAUCACGAAAAUGUCAUUGAUUUGCUCGAAGUGCUGGAUGACCCCGAAGGCGAUGCGCUGUACAUGGUCCUUGAACUCUGUAAAAAAGGCGUCAUCAUGCAGAUUGGUUUUGGGGCGAAUGCGGAAGCCUUUUCUGAUGAAGAGUGUCGGCACUACUUUCGAGACUUGAUUCUCGGUAUCGAAUACCUACACGCACAAGGCAUUGCGCAUCGAGAUAUCAAACCCGACAACUUGCUGCUCUCUUCAGAUUCUGUCCUGAAAAUUGCAGACUUUGGCGUGAGUGAGCUCUUUCAGCUGGAUGAUGAUCAAAAGGUCGCACAAUCUGGGUCACCAGCCUUCAUGUCACCUGAAUUGUGUCACGGCGCACGCAACACCUCUUACCUCAAAGCUUCUGAUAUCUGGAGUAUGGGCGUCACCCUCUUUUGCUGGAAAUUCGGAACGUUGCCCUUUGGCGAGACGAAUCUCAUUGAGCUGUGUGCGGAUAUCAUGAAUCGACCUCCUAUCCUGCUUGACCCAGAAUUCCCGGGAAACAAGCGCCAUAUAUGCGACGACAACUUGCUCGAUUUAUUUGACAAAAUCCUUGCUAAAGAUCCCGAACAGCGAAUCACGAUGGACGCCCUGCGCGAACACCCCUGGGUGACGUGCGAUGGUGAAGAUGAACUACUAUCUGCUGAGGAGAAUACUGCCCAAAUGAUUCAAGAAAUCACUGAAGAUGACUUGCGUGAAGCCAUCAAGGGUAUUCGUGGUGCAGUCACCGUGGUCAAGGCUGUCUUUAAGCUCAAACAAAUGCGAGAGGCGAAAUCGAGGGAAGGAUCACCUGAACGACAACGUCGCGAGAGUGCCGCUGCGCAGGAUCGUGAGGAUGCUGAAAAGCAAGCAACGGCGGAUGAUCUUGCUCAAAGCCUUGAACGGACAAGACUUGCAGAAGAAGAACACUCGAAGCGCAAAGCAGCGGUGGAAGAGCGUGGAAGGACAGGUUUACAAGCGGCAAGCGAGACCAACUUGCCACAAUCAAGUGGCUCUGGUGACGCAGCGGCAAAGACGACGUAUCCUCGGGAAUUGCCUCGCCCAACCAUUGUCAAGCGCUCCCGCAGUAUGGAUGCCGCUUCGGCGCGUCUCAAUGGUACGGAAGAUCGAAUCCUAUGGAAUGCCAUGUUGGGUAUUGAGCCUGGUCGUGAGCAACAUCAUGGUGUCUCUGAGACUGAUGGCUUUGAUGCGCAUAUUGCCGACUUGACUAAAAUCCAGCGCGCUUGUGUCACUACCAUGCCGAGUGCCUCUGACGCGACAGACAAAGAGAAGGCAAAAUCCAAUGGUCUGGCCAGAUCACGAACGCAAUUAACAAAGCAACGCGGUAAAGGUCCAUCGAACAACGAGACUGGUGGACGGGCGCAGCGCGCAGAUUCUUUGCAAGGUGGUAGUGCCAAGGAGAAUCAACUCUGGCAACGUGCAGGGGACGCGCAUCGUGGCACGCCUGAUUUGGGAGCGAUUGCUGAAAAGGCGAGUGCUGCACAGCAAGACCGACCACGACAUCAAUCCUUGGCUGCACCAUCCGGUCAAGCGGCUGCCAGGUUCAAGGCUGCUAUGGGCAAUACAGGAUCCCUUGGCUCACUAGCAGCUCCGUUGGCUCAGCAAUCUGUAAAUCAAGCAGUACAUACUGUGCCGCCGAUUCUCAACGUCGGCGGUGGACUCGACUACAAGGCCAUGUCGGCUGAUCAACCUGCAGCCUCCAUGACCAUUAUUGCUGAAUCGCCCAGCACAGAACGCACAAACAUCAGUCUGCAAGGCGAAUUACGAGAAGCAUAUGAAGCGAAUUUAGCAAAACAGCAGCUCAAACUGGCGGAACAAGACGAGUCACGUUGAUAUGGCAAUCGUGGGAAGAGCAAGAUUGAUAUUACACGCUUAUUUUUUUUGAGGUGCAAGCGAAAUGUGAAAAGAAGAAGAUACAGUUUUGUACUUGUAGUAGUAGCAUGCAGGAAAUUUGAAACCC